CUGCCAGACUUAUCCACCUUACUAACCAUUCUGUAUCAGCCACCCCUCUCUGCCAAUCCCUCCACUGGCCUCCACUCAGUGUCCUCCACCCCUCUCUGCCAAUCCCUCCACUGGCCUGCACUCAGUGUCCUCCACCCUCUCUGCCAAUCCCUCCACUGGUCUCCACUCAGUGUCCUCCAUCAGUGUCCUCCAUCCCUCCCCAAUCCCUCCACUGGCCUCCACUCAGUGUCCUCCACCCCUCCUCUGCCAAUCUCUCCACUGGCCUCCACUCAGUGUCCUCCACCCCUCUCUGCCAAU